AUGGAGUCUCUUGAGCAGAGGAAAGAGGGUUCCACCCCAGCUUUGCGCCGAAAGUGCAACCUGCGCCGGCCUUGGGUCAUCGCAGUGUUGGUUGCCGCAAUCAUAGUAGUUAUUCUCGUGAUAGUGAUUCCAUUGGCCAUCAUUCUACCCAAGAAAAACGCGCACAAGGGCAGGCCUUCGACAGUGCUGUUUCCAGCAUAUAUCUAUCCGAAGACCAACAGCACUUGGGAUCCGUUGUACGAGGCCAUUACCACGUUUCCUGAGCUCGAAUUUGUGGUGAUUGUGAACCCAUCGAGUGGGCCUGGGUCCUCUCCAUCUCCGAGCACGCAAUACGCAGUCGCAGUGCAACGACUCAGUGCUUACUCUAAUGUGCAAAAAGUGGGAUAUGUCCGCACCAACUACGCCAACAGAAACAUAUCCGCUGUACUUGCAGAUGUGGAGACUUAUUCCAACUGGACAUCCCAGUCGACUAGUCUGGCGAUGGACGGGAUCUUUUUCGACGAGAUACCGUAUGAUUACACGUCCGAAAAGGCCGAGUAUUUGAGCCGUAUCAAUGAUGCAGUAAAAGCUGCUACUGGUAUCCAAUCACACCGCAUGGUUAUCCAUAACCCGGGUACUAUCCCAGAUUCACGAUUUGACAUGAACACGACAGACGUCACAGUCGUCUUCGAGCAGUCGUACGACCUUUACGAAACUAAGAUAAAGAUUUUGGCUGAGACAUUCGAUGUUUCUGACCGCGACGCCAAUGCGUACAUGCUUCAUUCUGUGCCUACAAUGACAAACAGCAGCCUCAAAGGCUUGGUAGGUGACCUCAGCCAACGUGCGUCGUAUCUCUACCUUACGACCCGAAGCACGGACAUAUACGAGGCGUUUGAUACCCAGCUGGAGCAGUUCUGUAGUGUGGUUCCAACAGAACUUAACAAAUGA